AUGUACUGGUCACAUAGAUACAUACAGGCAGCCUGCACUCACGUGAGGCGGGAGAGAUUCAAUAAUAUGUUAGAACGACUUAGGAGCGUACAGAUCAUGUGUGAUGCAGGCCACACACGCCACGGUCUACCGGAGAUAGAGGCUGCACAGGUCUACUCCGGUCUACUCGCACGGGUGGACCUCUCAGUAGACCGUAGUGUGUGUGACCGGUCUAAGGAGCCGCUCAUUGUUGUACAACUUAUAAUACACUUAACUAAGGCGAUGGGUCAGCGUGUGAGGACUGUGAGAUUCAUUCAGACGUCACCCGCCAGCCGGCGGCGCGGCGUGGUGGGUGACGCCUUUACAUGGGCUCGUCGACAGUGA